AUGUUCCAGCUGCGGGCACCAGCUGUGUGUUCCAGCUGCGGGCACCAGCUGAGUGUUCCUGCUGCGGGCACCAGCUGUGUGUCCCAGCUGCGGGCACCAGCUGUGUGUCCCAGCUGUGGGCACCAGCUGAGUGUUCCUGCUGCGGCACCAGCUGUGUGUUCCAGCUGCGGGCACCAGCUAUGUGUUCCUGCUGCGGGCACCAGCUGUGUGUCCCAGCUGCGGGCACCAGCUAUGUGUCCCAGCUGCGGGCACCAGCUAUGUGUCCCAGCUGCGGGCACCAGCUAUGUGUCCCAGCUGCGGGCACCAGCUGAGUGUUCCUGCUGCGGCACCAGCUGUGUGUUCCAGCUGCGGGAACCAGCUGUGUGCGCCAGCGUUAAUUAG